CACAGUCAGGAAGUCAUGUCCAGAUCGGGUGAUAGAACAUCCACCUUUGACCCAACACACAGUGACACCCUGCUGCACGGGCUCAAUCUCUUAUGGAGAAAACAGCUUUUCUGUGAUGUGACUCUCACUGCCCAGGGACAGCAGUUCCACUGCCACAAAGCUGUGCUGGCAUCCUGCUCCCAGUAUUUCAGAUCUCUCUUCUCUUCCCAUAAUGUAAUCAACAAUGAGGGGAGCAAAGGGGACCAGGGCAGCAGUGGGACCCCCUCAUCCUCUCCUGACGACAAGCUGGUGACCCCUAGUGCCAGGCCCAUCAAUAACCUGGUCCUCCAGGGCUGCUCCUCCAUUGGACUACGAUUAGUACUGGAGUACCUGUACACUGCCAACGUGACUCUUUCCCUGGACACAGUGGAAGAGGUGCUGUCAGUCAGCAAGAUCCUCAACAUCCCCCAGAUUACCAAGCUCAGCGUGCAGUUCCUCAACGACCAGAUCUCCGUGCAGAACUACAAGCAGAUCUGCAAGAUUGCUGCACUCCACGGACUGGAUGAGACCAAGAAGCUGGCCAACAAGUACCUGGUUGAGGAUGUGCUGCUGCUGAACUUUGAGGAGAUGUGUGCCAUGCUAGAUGCUCUGCCACCUCCGGUGGAGUCAGAGCUGGCUCUGUUCCAGAUGUCAGUCCUCUGGCUGGAGCAUGACCGGGAGACUCGCAUGCACUAUGCGCCGGACCUUAUGAAGAGGCUGCGCUUCGCCCUCAUACCUGCUCCAGAGCUGGUGGAGAGGGUGCAGUCUGUUGACUUCAUGAGGAGUGACCCUGUGUGCCAGAAACUACUCCUGGAUGCCAUGAACUACCACCUAAUGCCCUUCAGGCAGCACUGCAGGCAGACCGUGGCCAGCAGAAUCCGUUCCAAUAAGAGAAUGCUGUUACUGGUGGGUGGUUUGCCUCCUGGACCUGAUCGUCUCCCCAGCAAUUUGGUCCAGUACUAUGACGACGAGAAAAAGACAUGGAAGAUCCUCACAAUAAUGCCUUACAACAGUGCCCAUCACUGCGUGGUGGAGGUGGAGAACUUCUUGCUGCUGCUGGGUGGAGAGGACCAGUGGAACCCCAAUGGAAAGCACAGCACUAAUUUUGUCAGCCGCUAUGAUCCCAGAUUCAACAGUUGGAUACAGUUGCCUCCGAUGCAGGAGAGGAGAGCCAGUUUCUUCGCCUGCCGCCUGGAUAAGCACCUGUAUGUGAUUGGUGGUAGGAACGAGAGCGGCUACCUCUCCAGCGUGGAGUCCUACAACCUUGAGACUAACGAGUGGAACUACGUGUCGUCUCUGCCGCAGCCUCUGGCCGCCCAUGCAGGAGCAGUGCACAACGGCAAGAUCUACAUAUCAGGAGGAGUUCACAAUGGAGAGUAUGUGUCGUGGCUCUACUGUUAUGACCCUAUAAUGGAUGUGUGGGCUAGGAAACAGGAUAUGAACACAAAGCGCGCCAUUCAUGCUCUGGCUGGAAUGAACGACCGCCUAUAUGCUAUUGGUGGAAACCAUUUGAAAGGUUUCUCCCAUCUAGACGUAAUGCUGGUGGAGUGUUACGACCCGAAAGCUGACCAGUGGAACAUCCUGCAGACACCCAUCCUGGAGGGCCGCAGCGGCCCGGGCUGCGCUGUUUUAGAUGACAGCAUCUUCCUUGUCGGGGGCUACAGCUGGAGCAUGGGGGCCUAUAAGUCUUCUACCAUCUGCUACAGCCCAGAGAAAGGAACAUGGACAGAGUUGGAGGGAGAGGUGGCAGAGCCCUUAGCAGGCCCAGCCUGUUCCACUGUCAUACUGCCUGCCUGCCUUCCCUUUAACAAAUGA